AUGUAUACUCGAAUCACCCCAUUGUUGGCGCUGUGCCUGUAUUUGAGCAAUCUACCUCAACUGGCAUGGACCCGUUCGCUCUCUGUGUCGCUAAACAUGUCCUUGACACGCAGCGAAGUGGAGGAUGAGAAUGUGACGUUGACGUCGGCUGGGGCGCCACAGAUCAGUCAGGAGUUGCUGCAGUCGUGCAUGAGGGAGACAGAGAUAUCGAUGUCACAGCUGAAAUUCUUUCGGCUCAGCAUGUUCUUCAACGAGAACACCAACAGGGAACUGGCCAUGGCCGCUGGCGACGGUGAUGGUGAUCUGAAUAAUGGCAACCUGGUUGAUUUGGACUUUGACAAUACAUUGCCUUAUUUAAAUCUGAAGCGCAAUGAGCCGCUGCAGUGCUUUGUGCGCUGCUUGUACGAGAAUCUUGGCCUCGUUCACUACGAUAUGAUGCUGGAGGAUGCGUUCCGGAUGCAGCUGCACACUCUAAUGCGACGCUUGAAGCCGGAGCUUAAGGAGUGCAACGAGAUGACCAGCAAGAAUCGCUGUGAGGCUGCCUAUAAGCUGCGCCUGUGCUACAAUCAUCUCAAAAAUCUGGAGGCGGAACAGCGACUACGAGAGGUGCUCGAGCAUAGCGAUUCUUCCACCGAUCUGACAGCAACUGACAACGAUGAGAACGAGAAUGGCAAUGAGAAUGGCAAUGAGAAUGGCAAUGAGAAUGUUAGUGGGCAUGAGAAUGAGAAUGAUGGUGAAAGUGAGCAUGAAAAUGAGAGUGUGGUGAGGGCAGCGAAUGCUAAGGCCAAUGAGUUCAUUGAUGCCAUUCGGCGUUAUACUGAGCAAACGACUGAAACGGAGUAG